CUCCGCUGUGAGUCAUUUCAAGGUUUCGACUCGAUGUGAAGCCGUCGAAUGAACGUCUGCAAAUCCUUCCAGUCUUUCUGGAAAUGUUUCAACCGUCACAUCUGUUUGGGUUACUGUAGUUUUUUUCGCGCAUGCGUCCUCCCGCACCACUAACAUCAGGAGCGAUGGGGAGGACGUGAGGAUGAGAGGUCGGAGGAUGAGAGGAUGAGAGGUGAGAGGAUGAGGAUAAGUCAGAUGACUACCGACGAAGAGCAGCAGCCUGAACAACGCGGUAAAACAGCAGCUUCCUCUUCCCGUUUUAGUCAAACUGCUUUCGCCAUAUUCGAGGGAAUAGAUAGUUAAGCGCUAGCUAGCUACCGUUAGCUUACAUGUAUCACACAGCUAACUGGAUGCAAUAAUACACGCUGAUGGCACAAUCCGGAGGACGUUAAACACGUUUCCCGCAGAUGGACUCUGGGGGACGUCCACGCGGACACACGCUCGCUUAAUAGGUCGAGUUUCAUAGUUCGACAGCUGUUCGCUGACGUCAUCAACCGAGCUGCACCACAACAAAGUGAAGCCGUCGGUGAUGCUGUGUGACGUCACGGCUCCGGUGGCGGACGAGGCCUCCGCGCUGAUGGAGAUCUGUGUCGCUGAGGCGGAGAAGAGGAACGGCAGGAACACGGUGAACAUGCAGGAGACGUUCACCGUGUACCUCGUCGAGACACGGCCGAUGGAUGCAGUUGCCGAAGGCCGCAAUCCGGCGCCGGACUCCCUGUGGAGGAGAUACAGUGAAUUUGAACUGCUGCGGAACUACCUGUUGGUCACUUAUCCGUACAUCGUGGUGCCUCCUCUGCCCGAGAAGAGGGCAGAGUUUGUGUGGCACAAGCUGUCGGCUGACAACAUGGACCCGGACUUUGUGGAGCGCCGGCGGAUCGGGCUGGAGAACUUCCUGCUUCGUGUGGCAUCACACCCAGUCCUCUCCAAUGACAAGAUUCUCCACCACUUCCUCACUGAGGAACACGGCUGGAAGGAAGUGGUGUAUGAGACGGGAUUCCAGGCCAAGGCCGAUUCCAGGCUGAGAGCUCUCAGUGCCACCUUCAGGGUGAGGAAUCCAGAUAAGCGCUUCAUGGAGAUGAAACAUUACAGCGACGAGCUGCAGUCUCACACGUCUCAGCUGCUCCGAGCACGAGUAAGGGUGGCAGAUCGUCUCUAUGGUGUUUACAAGGUCCACGGCAACUACGGGAGAGUCUUCAGCGAGUGGAGCGCCGUGGAGAAGGAGAUGGGAGAUGGGCUGCAAAGUGCCGGUCAUCACAUGGAUGCAUUUGCAGCCUCAAUUGAUGAUAUUUUAGAGGAGGAGGAACAUUAUGCAGACCAACUGAAAGAAUAUCUAUUCUAUGCUGAAGCUCUGAGGGCAGUGUGCAGGAAACACGAGCUGACCCAGUUUGAGCUUGAGAUGGCCUCCCAAGACCUGGUCUCCAAGAAGCAGCAGCACGAGGAGAUAGCCACGGGGAUUGUACGGACGUUCUCCUUCAAAGGCAUGACCAACAAGCUCUUUGGCCAGGAGGCCCCCGAGCAGAGGGAGGCCCGGCUGAAGCUGCUGGAGGAGCUGAUCGCGGAGGGCGAAGAGACCGUCAAGGAGAAGACGGUCGAGUGCGAAGAGCAUGUUGACAGGGCCUGGGUGGACAUGCAGCGCUUCAAGGAGCAGAAAGACAAAGACCUGCGAGAAGCGCUCAUCAAUUAUGCUGUCAUGCAAAUCAGCAUGUGCAAAAAGGGAACACAAAUGUGGAGCAACGCCAAAGACUGUUUCCUCAAGAUGUAACGCUGAAGCCGCGCUGGAAGGAUUCCCCUCGGUGGGCUUGUUGUUGUUGGCAGGGUUUGAAAAAACCAAGCAGAGUAAAUUGACAAUAUCAAGAUAUUGAGUCUGAAGAAUCCCCCCCCCAAAAUGAAGGGAUUCAAUUCAUGGUUCGAGAGACAUUUCUACUAGAAAUAAAGAUAUAUUGAUGUUCCUGUAGUGCUAUUUAUCAAAUGUGAGAAGGCAGAGCUGUCUGACUUAUAUCUAAUAUAAUGGGCCUGUAAUGCUAGUGGUGCCAUGUUAAAGUUUUUUUUUUUUGGGGGGGGGGUGGUGUUUCAUAUGUACAGUACAGUAACCGAGGGGAGAGAUUUCCAAAUGUAUUCAGUGCCAUCUAGUUCACUCAUACCCAAGAGAAGGAAGACUGAUAUCUGCCACGAUGUGCCAAAGAAAUUGUUGGUUGAUUAAAUGAAAAUACAGGUGAUAUAAAAAAAAUGGUUUGAAUUUGUCCCUUUAAUGCUUAGUGAAGGGACAUCAGGAGACCAUGACUGGGACACCAGUUAGCCAACACCAUGUUCUCUCUCCUUAAGAGAACUUUCCACAAUUCUCACUGUCGAACUAGUUGGUAUCACUCCGUUGGCUUUGGCAGACGAGAGCUUGGAGUCUGAUCCAAAAAAGAAACCAGAAAGUCUGCUAAUCUCAGUUUCUACCACAUUGAUUUUGACCAAUGUUUAGUGCCCAACAUGUACUGAGGGGAGAGGAGAAGUAGCACCGUCUAGCAUCUUCAUACAUCGGUGUCUUUGAGCUGGAUCUUUGCAGAGGUGGAGACACAACAACCAGACGGCCAAAGCAAAGCUUUUGGUAUUAAUGUGGUCAACCAGACACUUUUAAUUUUAUAUUGGUUUAACAAUGAUCGUAGAACCUGAUCUGUCAAAUGAUUGAAAUAAGUACACCAAAAGGUCGGCAGCGCUGAAGAACCCGGACCUGCCCUCUUUCCAAUCCUGCUGCUCGGAGACCAAAUUAAAACUUAAAAGGUAACAUACAGCGUCACGCUGACCAGUCGCCACUCAAGCCCUGUGAGUAAGUGCCCGGUGGGGAGAGAACAAAGGAACAGACAAUAAUAAUCUCAAGAUUGCUUGUAAAAUGACUUUUAAAUGUAGAUAAUAUUCGUAUAUAGGUAGAUAAUGUUUGGUUGAUUUUAGGGGGGUAGCAGUAGGACUGUAAAGGUCAAUACAAUCAGAAGGUCUUAGCUCACUAGCUAGGUCAACAAAGAACCGGUUAUACAUGCAUUAAAACAAACAAAUUAAAAAAUCACAACGAUCGAGUUGAGAUAUCAAAAUUUAUCGGCCCCAAAUUACACCAAAUCCAAGUGUCCAACUCUGAUUAUUUGUAAAGAGACAAAGAAAAAUGUUGAAUUUAAUUUUUUAAAUAUAAAUGGCUAAUUGACAUUAUUGCACAUGAGCAAAAGACAGUAAUACUAUUAGAGCUCUGUUCAGCAACCCACCCUCCACCUUCUCCUCCACUGUCCUGAAGCACUUUAGAACAUUCAGGAACCUGGUGACGCACGACAACAAGAGACCGACGAAAGAAACACAAAAAGAAAACCUUGAUCUGGGUGGGAGGACACUUAUAUUGUGCUAUAAUGUACACAAAAUGGCUGCAUAAGUGCUUUUUCUUGAAGCUUGGAGAAAAUAAGUAUCUAUUGUUGAGGCAUUAUCAAAGUUAGCCUGUGCUAUCCAUUCAGGGGUGACGAUGUAAAAUCCCUCACAAUGGGAUUCUGACGGUUUCAGGACAUAGAAAAAUAAUGAUGAUGAUGAUGUUACCCCUCGGAUUCUGAUGCUGCUACAUUAAAACCGCACAUAACUAUGUGCAACAUCAAAAAAAAAGCUGCGAAGAUGAUUCCUCUA